CAGGAGCUCGUGGCGUGCCAGUGGCGCCUCGACGCCGCCGACGCCCAGCUGUCCGCCGUGGAGGCCCCCGGGCCCGAGGCCCGGGGCGCGGCGGCGGCGCCGCGGGCGGAGCAGGACCUGGCCCCGGCGGUGCCGCCGCAGGAGGAGCAGGCCGAGGCGUUGGGCGCGGUCAUGGCCGAGCUGCGGCGCCAGCGGGCUGCGGCGCGAGAGGCGCUCGAGGAGCGCGCCUCCUCCUACUCGCUCGGCGUGCCCUCGGGCCACGGGCGGCACAGCAAGCGCUUCGCGCGCGGCCCGGCGGAGCGCGAGGAGGCCCUGGAGCGCUACCGGCAGGUCGCCGAUGCGGCCUUCGACCAGAUCCUUGCGGAGGCCGAGGAGCUCUCGCGCCUGCCGCUGGGGCCCGAUUGGCGCGCCCGCCUGGGGCCGGGGCUGCGAAGGCGCAGGCGCUUCUGGGAGGGGCAGCUCGAGGAGGCCUGGUCCGCGUGGCAGGAGGCGACCACCGCCAUGCACCGCGCGGGCGACGAGGCGGUGGAUGCCUGGCGCAGCGUCGGGGAGCUGGCGGAGCUUGCCGGGCCCGCGGGCGGGCUCCGGGAGGCCGCGCCGGCGGCGCCGCCGGCCGCGCUGCAGGAGGGCAUGGUGCUCCUGGCGGCCCGCGGCCUCGAGGCCGAGCUGGUGGGCGCGAUGGGGCUGAGCGGGCUGUCCGACGGCGGCUGCCACUUCGACUGCCGGGCGGAGCUGCUGCUGGAGGUGCUCGAGGCGCUCCGCGCGGCGGGCGCCCUGGCGGACGUGGGCGACGCGCUGCUCGGCGGCGGCGUGGCCGCCGAGUGGCUCGCGGCGCAGGACGUGGGCCUCUGCAGCCUACUCGGCAAUCUCAUGCGCACAGACCUGAAGCCUUCUCCAGAGCUCACGCAGAGUAGGGUCGACAACGUGCAGGGUUGCGCUGCGCUUCGCCAGCUCAUCUGCCGUCUGAUUCGCAGCACGCUCACAUCUCCGUGGCCUCUGUCCCUGGCCAGCGCCGCCCAGGCGCGGCUCCGGGCCACCCAGGUGAGGGCGCGGCUCCUGGCCCAGGCAGGCCGGCAGAUCGUAUCGCACGCAGCAAUGGGCAGCCCAUGCACCAGAGAAGAAAUAUCCUUGCCCCUGUGGCCAGUCCACUGCCCGGGGGGCGCGGACCUCGUGGAGCUCGCGGAGCUGCUGGGGGGCGCCGGGUUCGGCGAGGCGGUGCAGGGCGAGGCGGCGCGGAGGUGCUCCGGGGACGCCGCCGCCGCGGCGGACCACGGCGCCGUGGCCUGCGUGCUCCAGGGCUCGCGGCUGCGCUCUUGCGCCACGGCGGCGGAGGUCUGCGGCGUCCUCGCCGAGAGCGCCCUGGAGGACGGGCUGGAGCCCGAGGACGACGAGCACGGGCCCCCCUGA